GCUGUGAGCUUCAACCUCCUCAUUCUUCUUCUUCUUCUUCUUCUUCAUCAAUGGCUCUCAGAGCUCACACAGUGACGUCAGCACCGACCUUCCAUUCCCGCCAAUUCCAAAGGCCCACAUUCCCGCCCACAACUACUCUUCGCUUCAGAAACUCUUCACCAACCCGAGCGAACUCUCUCACCGCCGAACAAGUUUCCUUCACGGAGGAAGAGAACUCCCUCGUCGAAGCCCUCAUCGGAAUCCAAGGCCGCGGCCGCUCCGCCUCUCCGCAACAGCUCAAUGAGGUUGAGAGUGCAGUGAAGGUUCUUGAAGCUCUGCAAGGAGUUCCUGAGCCGACAAGCUCAAGUUUGAUUGAAGGGAGGUGGCAAUUGAUGUUCACUACAAGACCUGGAACUGCCUCUCCAAUCCAAAGAACAUUUGUGGGGGUGGACUUCUUUAGUGUAUUUCAAGAGGUUUAUCUUCAGACAAAGGAUCAGCGUGUAUCUAAUAUUGUAAAGUUCUCUGAUGCAAUAGGUGAGCUGAAAGUAGAGGCAGAAGCAUCAAUCAAAGAUGGAAAGCGAAUACUUUUUAGAUUCGACAAAGCAGCCUUUUCGUUUAAAUUUUUACCAUUUAAGGUUCCAUAUCCAGUGCCAUUCAGACUUCUUGGAGAUGAGGCAAAGGGUUGGUUGGACACCACAUAUCUGUCCCAAUCUGGCAAUCUUCGUAUCUCAAGAGGAAAUAAGGGAACAACAUUUGUUCUGCAAAAGAAAGCUGAACCUAGGCAAAGACUAUUGUCAAUCAUCUCGACUGGUACAGGAGUUAAAGAGGCAAUCGAGGAGUUUAUCUACUUAAAUCAAAACAUAGGUGAAUUGGAACUCCAAGAGGGAGAAUGGCAAAUGGUUUGGAGUUCACAGGAAGAGACGGAUAGUUGGCUUGAGAAUGCUGCCAAUGGUCUUAUGGGAACACAGAUUGUCAGGGGAAAUGAACAAAUAAAGUUUGUGGUUGACGCUUUCCUUGGGCUCAAAUUCUCCAUAUCUGGAACCCUCGUCAAAUCUGGCUCCCGCACUUAUGAUGUUACAAUGGAUGAUGCAGCCAUCAUUGGCGGUGGCUUUGGAUAUCCCCUAGAAGAGCUAGGAAGCAAGUUUGAACUAGAAUUGCUAUAUAGCGAUGACAAGAUCAGAAUUAGCCGGGGAUAUAAUAAAAUACUCUUUGUGCAUAUACGAACUGAUGGUUUGAAACAGAAAUAGUAAGGCAACCAAAUGUGACAGAUCGAAGACCCAAUUUCAAGUGAUAUAAAUUUUGCUUUUGGUGGGUGCUACUCUCUAUUUGUCAAAACGAAAGCAUAUCAAGUAAGCAACUUGAUCGGGGAUGGAAACCAUCACCUCAUGUGUUUGUUAAUGGAAUCAUUGCAAGAAGUUUAUAUAUUGCAACUCCAGAAACUAAGUUUACAUCUGGUAAUUACUUUUGACAUGAUUUUCUCCGUUAA